GCCUAGUGUAUGUGUCCUUUUACAUUACGUUUGAAAACCACCAGUCGAGGUAGAAAAAAGAAUCUAUUGGUGUGAAUAGGUUAUGUACAUUAAGAAAAAGAUUUACUCAAAAGAUUUAUAAGUGAAUAUAUUAACUUCUGUCAUUCUUGAACAUGCCUUCGCGUUUAAGUUUCAAAGGCGAUAAAAAGGUUCACAAAAAAGGAAGAAAGUCUGCAAAAUCUUUACAAUCAGCCGUGGAGUCUCAAGAGAAUGAUCCAAUAUGGACCGACGCUAACUUAGUGGAAGACAUCCAUGGUCCACUGGUAUUAUAUCAAAGGCUGGAUACAACUGUCAUUUCCUUGGGAAUAGAAGAAGUUCAAGGAAGUUGCGUAGGAAUUUUCUUGGACCCUCUUUCUCUAGAACCGGAUAACACAAGACAAGUAUUUGUGGCUUCUGAUAUGAAUGGUAAUGUUGUUCUGAAAAGCUUCCUCAUGAAGUAUCUUUCCGCUGGUAAAGAAGGAGACUUGUUUAGCAAACGAGAAGCCAUUGGAGCUGAAGAACAAUGGCAACUUCAAUAUUUGCAUGAUGGCUAUUGGGCUUGGAAAAGCAUGUCUAAUAACAAAUAUCUCGAGUGCUUGCUAAAUGAGAACGACACCUACGUAUUUCGUUGUACCUCUGAUACGGUGACAUUCACUUCAAAAUGGAGAGUACGCGUUCAGACUAGGUUUGUGAAACGACCAUCUAUUCAAAACAUAAAACAACCGACAGUGCAUUCACAACAAUUGGAAGCUAUGGUUGGAAGACCAUUAUCUUCAGACGAGAAAAAGAUUUUAAAGCAAGCUAGUAGAGAUGGUUCUUUGCAUGAAGCUCUGCUUGAUGUUCGAGUCUCCAAAAAGAGCGACAAAUAUGGAUAGGCAUAUAAAGUAGAGAGCUGAGGGAAGAAUUGACAAAAACGAUACUGAAAAUUGGAUUACAUGAUCUCGUUAUGAAUUCUGUAGAUUAGAUAUUAUGGAAAAAUAUGUUGGAGCUACUAUGACAAUAUAUACUAAAUGCUCAUGGGAUUGAAGCAUCAAUUGAAAAUUGUAGUUUUUAGGUUCUUAAUAGCUUUUCUAAUUAUUUCUUAAAAUAAAAAAUUCUUUUUU